GCACUCGAUCGAUUGUAACCCUCUACGAACAGACUCUACAUCUCGCUCGGGAGGGAAGGGUAGGUGUGAAGGCUGUGGGAUGACAUGCAGAGGAGAUAGGGAUGACCUCCAAAGCUCGGAACACGAGACAAAUAUCAAAACAGGGUUGUUGCGUAAGGAGUACAUAAGGUCAGUGAAUAAAUGUACAGGAUGAACUCGUGCAUUAACCACAUAAGCGUAUUACAUAGUUCUAACCACUGACUGUAUAUUAUAGUUCGUAACAAUCCUUCAGUUCCUCGUAUUUAUACUACAAGUUCGGUUUAGAUUUAACGGGAUCAAUGCCAUAAAAAAAAAAACAAGAAAAAAAAACCUGUACGUUUUCUUCCCUCAACGUCCUUGUAUCUCUGGGUAUAUAACAGAUAAAAACUGGGUUAGUUCUAACUGCUGAUAGACUGGAUGCUUUUUAACAGCACACGGGAACGGUUAGUAUAUAUAUAAAUCUAUAUAUAUUGAUCGGUCUGAAGGGAAAGUCACAUUAGAUUCGGAGUUUACUGGAACUGUCGAGUACACGGUGGUCUAGUCAGGGUUUUGUUGUUGUUGUUGUUUGUUUUUAUCCGUUUGAAUACUACUUCCAACAUCAUGGAGAAGAUCCAGUCAUACCAACUCAUUAUUUUCACUACGAUGUUCAUAGGAUAUGCGUGCUACGCUUACAACAGGAAGAGCGUAUCGUUUGCUAUGCCUAAGUUAAUGGAAGAAGGACUGAGUAAAAACGAAGCAGGUCUCAUCGCCAGCAGCCAGAACUUGGCUUACGCUAUCAGCAAAUUUCUGGGCGGAAUUUUAUCUGACAGAAUCAGUUCGAAGCUUCUGUUUUCUUCCGGACUGGUUCUGAGUGGACUAGCUACCCUGGGGUUCUCCGGGUCAGGAUCCUUACUGGCUUUCGCCGCUCUGUGGUUCAUUAACGGCUUCGCUCAGGGCGCGGGCUGGCCUUCCUGCGCAAAGGUUCUGCGCAAGUGGUACUCCCCCGACCAGUUUGGAACUUGGUGGAGCAUACUCUCAGCAAGUGCGAACAUUUCUGGGGGGAUUUCUCCCUUUGUUUCAGCUUUCCUUAUUGUCAAUUACGGCUGGAGGUUCAGCCUUAUAAUAGCAGGUACGAUUUCCAUCGUGUUGGGGAGCAUUUCUAUAUUUACGAUUGUCAACUCACCAAGUGACGUGGGACUUCAAAGUGGGGCGGAAGUAGACGGAAAGAAGAAUGAUGGUACAGAUCAACAGAAUCAAACAGCGACGUUUGUAGAUCUUCUUCGCAGCCCUUUUCUUUGGUUAGUUUCCUUCAGUUACAUGGUCGUCUUCUGUGCCAAGACCAGUGCUGUAGAUUGGGGUCAACUUUUUCUCAUCGAGGACAGGGGUCACUCUCAGUACGUAGGCAGUGCUUUUACUAGCAGCGUCGAAUCUGGUGGAUUUUUUGGCGGUGUUAUUGCUGGUUACCUGACUGACUGGGUACUUAAACGAAGUGUGAAACAGGGUAAAAAGGGACGAGGAAACAUCCGGAUGCCAGUAGCUAUUGCUUUUAUGAUUGGUGUGAUGAUCUGUCUACACUUAUUACAAUUCUUUGUCUCAGACACGUCGUCUAAGUUUUGGAUCACGUCGAUAGGGUUUGUGCUAGGAGCAUGCCUCUACGGUCCAAUAGCAAUUUUUGGAGUUGUAGCCACGGAGUCAGCUCCCUCCCAUCUGAGUGGAAGUUGUCAUGCUAUAGUCGCUUUGGCUGCCAAUGUUGGGGCAAUAACGUCUGGCUUACCAUUCAGCUACAUUGCUAAGCAUUACAAUUGGGCAGCCAUCUUUCUUCUGUUGGAAAUCAUUUCUGGUGUCACAGCAGCCAUCAUGUUUGUCACGAGGAAUCUCAACUCAGCUAUUGGUCACGUGAAGCGAGACUGAGGCAACUUGUGGGGACUAGGAAGAGAUCGGAAUACCUUGUGGGGGACUUAGGACUAGAAUUUUAAUUUUUGCAGUUAAGGAGGAUGCGACAAAUGAUUGAGAGCAAUAAUAAUUUAAUAUAAAACUUAAUACAGAUUUCAAGCUCAGUUAUAAAGUAACUUUGUUUUAGUCUAAAUGUACUGCUUAUAAAAAUUUGCUGCCAUAUCUCGAGUAAUGUAUAAAAUGAAAUGCCAUUUUUUAAGCCUGAAUUUACUGGAAUAUAACAUUGACUGGUAUAUCUCGAGCAAUAUAUAUAUAUAUAUAAAUAAAAUGGUUGUUAAGCCUAAA